CCACCGUGGGCGCCUGCUAAAAUGGCGGCUGCCAGCGAAGCAACGACUGAGAAGGCAAUGAUGUUGAUGGAAAUGUUUGACGACGACAACAAUUACACAUACCACGCUUACACCGAUGACGAUGACACCGACGACGAAACUGAUGACGAAAUAAUAAUUGAAACAAUCGAUCGCAGCAUCAACGAAGGGUUAUUUAUAGCGGCAUCCCUUUGUCAACGAAAGAGGAAAAAGCCUACAAGAAUCAGAGAUUAUGUAGAAAGAACAGUACAGGAGUACUGUGAAGUAGAAUUUCAUCAGCAUUUUCGAAUGCACAGGGCAGAUUUUGAAGUACUUUGUAACUGGAUUGGCCCCUUGUUGCCCAAGGAGCGUACAAUCAGCUUGGAGAAAAAAACGCUGGCAACAUUGUGGUUCCUUGGGAACCAAGAAUCCUUCAGAGGGAUUGGCAACAGAUUUAAUCUCAGCAAGGGAUCACUUAGGAGAGUAAUCCAUCUUAUCUGCCGCACACUAGCAUCUCAUCAAAAGAAAUGGAUUAAGUGGCCAGCUCUGGCUGAAAUGCAUGAAAAUGCUUCGCAGUUCCAAGCAGCUGCCCUGCACCAUCUCUUGGGAGCUGGUUUUCCGGGUGUUAUUGGAGCUCUAGAUGGGACCCAUGUUCAAAUAACAGCUCCAAGCCAGCACAGGGACUCCUUUGUCAAUCGUAAAAAGGACAUAAGUAUCCAAAUGCAGGUUAUCUGCAAUAAAUCCCUUUUGUUUUUGGAUGUGUGUGCAGGAUAUCCAGGUUCCGUGCACGAUGCACGGGUUUUUCGUAAAAGCUCAAUUUUUAAAUAUUUACAAGAUAAUCCGCUGCCUCCCGCUUUUCAUCUGCUAGGGGAUUCUGCAUAUCAAUUGACAAAUACAGUUUUGGUGCCUUUUAGAGAUAAUGGUCAUUUGACCGACAGUGAAAAGAAGUACAAUAGGGCGCAUUCCUCAACGCGAGUAGAAAUAGAGCGAGCUAUAGGGUUAUUGACCCCUGUGGGACCCCGGGGGUUAUUGAAGGGAAAAUUUAGAAAACUCAAGUUUGUAGACAUGCAGAUAGUUCAACAUAUCCCUGUCAUCAUGGUGGCAGCUUGUGUUUUACACAAUUUUAUCAUUCUGAACAGAGGCAUUGAUGAAGAUGAGAUCAUUACAGUUGAUGAUGUGUAUAAUUACCAAGAUGAGGGUGAAGACAGACCUGCUUCCAGCGGUAUUCGAAAGCGCCUAGAAAUUGCACGUGCGCUACCAUAAAUCACCAGCUACAG